AUUGUAUCUUAUUCAGAUUUUAGUGCAAGACACCGGGUUAUAACUAAUGUGGAAUAGCUGCAUGGUGAGGUGGCAGUGCCCCUCGAUUAUAAUUACCCCGCUUGCUCCCACCAUCUCUUCGUCUAUACGAGAAUCAUCCUCGCCAUGGCAGAUCUCUCGGGAAAAGUCGCUCUCGUCACCGGUGGAGGGUCGGGCAUCAAUCUGGCCUUUACUAGACUGCUUAUCGAAGCCGGGUGUAAAGUGCUCAUCGCCGAUCUAGGCCUGCACGCACAAGCCGAAGAAUGGAUCGCCUCUAUAGAAUCCGACGCUGAAAAACGCGCCCGCGUCCACUUCCACAAAACAGAUGUGACAGAAUGGGCGCAACUUACGGCUGCAUUCGAGGCGUGUGCCGAGAAAUUCGGGACCAAGGCGCCUGAUAUCGUGGUGCCGGGAGCGGGGGUGUUUGAGCCGACGACGAAUUCGUUCUGGGGCGAUAACGAUACCGACUCGCGGUUUAAGGUGUUUGAUAUUGACCUCGUGCAUCCGGUGAAGCUGUCACGGAUGGCGAUAUCGCGGCUGCGAGAGGCGAAGAAGCCCGGGGCGAUCGUGCAUGUCUCGAGCGUGGCGGGGCAGUUUGCGUCGCUCUCGGCGCCGCUGUAUUGCAUCGCCAAGCAUGGGAUCAACGCGUUUGUUUGGGCGAUGGCUUCGCUUGAGGAGAUGUGCGGGAUUCGCGUAGUUGCUGUGGCUCCUGACGCCACAAAGAGUCCGCUAUACAACGAGAGUGCACUAGCAACACAACUGGCGGCUGCAAAUUAUAGCGUGCUUGAAACCGAGACGGUCGCAGAAGCCAUGUUCGCGGUGAUGACGCAGAAGGAGACAUACAAGGGAGGAACAGUGCUGGAGGUGUGCCAUCCAACAGACUGGCGGGUGGUGAACCGGUUGAACGAUCCAGGGCCACAGGGACUGCCGGCGAAUGUGCGUAGCAAGCAGAUAGAGAUGGUGGGACGUGUGUUGAAGGUGGAUGAAUGAUCAGGAUUGAGCUGAAAGUAUUUUGAUUAUAGUUAAAUAAGAGUACUAUUUUGUCUAUUUGGACAGGACAGAAAAAGAAAAAGAAAAAAGAAAGUAGCAUGUCCUCGUUUCGAUCGAGGGACCUUCGGGUUAUGAGCCCGACGCUCUUCCCCUGAGCUAACAUGCUG